AAGAGCCACAAGUCCAUCCAUGGGAAACACCACCACGAGACUGUUAUCACACAGUUGUUAUCGAAAUAAAGUCAGUAGAAUAAAUAUUUAAGUUAACGGCAUAACAGCGUAACAUAUCGCAGAAACGCGAGGCUGUAUGUAUCGACUUUAUCUAAACGCUGCUUGGCAUUUCAAGCUAACUCAUUAGAUAGCAGCUUAGAGCUGCGUCACUGAUCUACGAAUUUUAAGUUAGACACAACGAUAAGUCUAACCAACAGCUCGUAUCCUUGUAAACUCUAAGAAGGGAUCUGAUUCAGUAGUAACCACUGUCUGAGCCUGUUAGCCAUCUUCACUAUGUGCCAGGUGGAUGAAGACUACCACGAUCAGCUGGAGCGCGUGGACGUGCCCAGUGUUUCUAAGAAAUGUGUCAAAUGCAAAGAGGGGACAGCAGCAGUGGUCAUUAGAGCUGGAGAUACGUACUGCAGGGGCUGUUUCAGGGAAUACUUCAUUCAUAAGUUCAGAGCCAUGCUGGGCAAAAACAGGGUCAUUUACCCUGGGGAGAAGGUGUUGCUGGCUGUAUCUGGAGGUCCUUCCUCCUGUUCAAUGCUAAGUCAAGUCCAAGAGGGUUUGAGUCAGAAUGCUCACAAGAAGUUGAGAUUCUUACCUGGCAUUGUCUACAUUGACGAGGGCGGUGCUGUAGGUCAAUCUAUGGAGGAAAGACAGAGGACAGUGGCUGAGCUGCAGGCUGUGUUCAAAGCUACUGGUUUCCCCUUCCACAUAGUGCCUCUGGAACAGGUUCUGAAUCUUCCCAGCUCAGUCGUGGUGACGGCCCCAUCACCUUCUGAGCGACCAGCCAGUGCCUACAAGGCAGCUGUGGAUCACUUCAUUCAGAGCGACAGCAGAAGCUGUUUGGCACAACAGGAACAGGAGGAAACAUCAGUACCCGUUGUUCUGGAGUCCCAUACACACUCCCUGCAGCAGCUGAUUGGCUCUGCUAAAACACUGACAGCUAGUGAAGACCUGCUCAACACAUUAAGGCAGCAUGUGCUGGUGCACACAGCUCGGACUGAAGGCUACAGUAAACUGAUGCUGGGAGACAACUGCACCAGACUGGCUGUUAAACUGCUCACCAGUAUAUCACUGGGCAGAGGAGCACAACUGGCUCAGGACACGGGUUUCUCAGACUCCAGGUAUGGUGACAUCAUAUUAGUGAGGCCAAUGAGGGACUACUCCGCUAAAGAAAUAGCCUACUACAACCGAAUGUUCAAUGUGCUCUCUGUUUUCAUACCGAGCCUGGACACUAAGACAGCAGACAAGGCCAGCAUCCAGCGUCUAACAGAGAGCUUUGUCACUAAACUGCAGGCAGACUUCCCCUCUACUGUCAGCACCAUCUACAGGACCAGUGAGAAGCUGCAGACAGCAUGUAAGAGCUCCACAGCCAACCACUGUGACAGAUGUUUGCUGUGUAUGUGCACCCUGGAUACUGCUGCUGAGAAUGCUUCAGCCUUCAAGACCACACUGAUCUCAGAGCAACUCUCCCAGACUAAAUCUCCAGGAGCUACUACUGCUGAGAUCCAGAGGCAAAACCAAGCUUUAGUGCAGCCAAAAUCAACUGCUGCCACUGGACAGUGUUGCUCCUCUGGUGGAAGAGAGGAUUGUGGGAAAGAAGGUGGAGGCUGCUGUUCAUCUGCCAGGGUACCAGAGACAAGCCAUCUGAAGAGCCUGUUGUGUUACAGCUGUCAGCUCACCAUCAAAGACAUGUCUUCAGUGGAAUGUCUGCCACAGUACAUCCUGUCAGAGGCUCAGCGGAGGCACAGGAGGUCUCAAAUGAGAGAGGAGAUCAAUGAGUUUCUGCUGGGGGAUCAUGAUGAUGGUGAUCAAGGCGAUUAGAGGGAGAAGUGAUGCUCAAUGUUUACCUCCAGCUCUCCACUCUGGAAAAAAACUGAAUUAUGCUCAUUUCAUACUGCAGGGAGUGGAGGACUUUCAAAUAUAAAUGACAUGUAUAGAAUUUUUACAACACCAGCCUUCUAUUAUCUAUGUCUCAUUAUCCUGUAGGCUGUGUUUUUUAACAGUGAUUAGACACACACACACACACACACACACACACACA